GCGGUAUUGCUGCAAGUGGCGCCAUUGUUCUCUGGUCAGUAGCAAUUCAAGGCAGCCAAUCAGCCAUGUUUACUUUCCAGUGGGGUGUGUAGACCCAUAGUGGGGUGGUUUAUCAUCCCAUGAAAACACACAGUUUCAGAAUGGGAUGGAGCCUCUGUGUAGUCCAUCUGCAUAAUUAGAUGAAAAAUAGAUGUUGGCAUCUUAGUGUUAAAACACAUUUGGACAUGGAUAAAUAUGAAGAAACAGGAAUGACGAUUAUAUACUAUAGAUAUUUCUUAUAUUAGUAUGUGUGCUUGAGUUAUUGCAGACUUAUAUCAAGGUAGCAUUGUCAAUAAAGAACAAUGCCACACAUGAGUAUUAUUUACUAGAACUAUUUUAUGGAACUUUUAUGCCAUUUGGAUUUGGAAAGCCACUUUGAAACUGCUCUUAGCUAGAAGUUGUUUGGACAUGAAGAAUAAACGGAAAGUUGCUGUACUAGCUCACUCCAGCAUUCCACAUUACCGAACAUCUCGUGAGCUAGAAUCAAUGAUUUUUAACUUAUGCUCUUCAUUGCCAUCAUGUUUCACAUGCUGAGGAUUAGAGUAGCAUGAAGUAUCCACAGCUGGUGUCAAUGCCCUCUACUGUCCAGGACUGGCUUGACGAGCAGCUUGAAGCUCGUGGCAUUGAUGCAGUGGUUUAUACCCGCUACAUCUUCAGUCUUCUGCAAAGAGAUACCUUGGACUUGUCUGACGAUCUCCUUACUCUUUCUUCUAGCAAGAGCAAGGAGGUUGGUCGUCGAGGCCGCAAACGUGGCCGGAGGGAAGAAUACUGGGAUGUUUGGGACUGUGAGCAACUCAAGCGCUCUGCUGCUGUGGAAUGCCUCAUGUCUGCUUCUGAUCAGAAAUUUGGAAUUGAGAAACUGGUUGAUGAACUUUGUGCAAAAUUAAAGGAAAUACAGAGCGAAGGUGAGAACCAUAAUCACUCCACUCCAUCCUUGCCUUCAGUCAGUGAGCCUCAGUCACAAUCACCAAGUGAUCUAGUGCAGAAGUAUUAUGCUGCUUUUCCACCUCUAACCAGGUGUAGUGAUUCCAGUAUUAAACCACCAGUUUUAAGCUCAGAUCUUUCUUCAGCUUGGGGAAAUAAGAAAAUUUUAGCAAAUUCUUUUGGAAAAAAUAAACUCCAGAUAAGUAUUUCACCAAAAAGUGGUAAAACAUUGGGUGCUACAAAUUGUGCUGAGAACAAAGAGAACCAGGGGAGAAAUGACAGUUUGUCUAAUGGUAUAAGAUCUAGAAACCAAAUCAAGGACAAGGACUGGACCGACAAUGCAGAGAAAGAACUGGUUUGUCCUUUUUCCUGGAGUUUUACAGGAGUGUGGAGUAAUGAAAACACAGGCUUAAAUGCAUUUGCUCCCAGCGUAAAAGCUAUAACGACAGGAUGGAGAAUAUCAAAAUACAAUAGGCAAAACCAAGGGGAACCACAGGAGACACUAUCUUUGGAAGACACAGUGAGCAUGGAAGGAGAAAUGUGGAAUAUUGGUUCAUGCAAUUUUUAUGAACAUCAGGUGCAGAAUGAAUUAACAGAAGACAUGGGAAAUGAAAGUGAAAGAAUACAGGAUUAUGAUGGCGAGUCAGGCCAGACUGUGGAUGAAAAUUUGGCCCAACUAAUUGCGAAAUUUGACCACAGUAUAGAAGCUUUGUGGAGUCCAGAGAGUAGGUCUGAAAAUUCAUCACCAAGUAACAAGGUAAUUGGAUCUGAAACACCAUUGGAGAACACUUUCAUUACUUGUGCUGAACAAGAAAACUCUGGAAGUAAGAAUUUACCUGUUGGGAGCUUAAACAAUUCUUUCAUACGUUGUGGUACAAAUAUUAAAAGCUCUAUAUGGUCAAGUCAGCCAUCUGAUACAGUACCUCUGGCCACAGAUGAAAACAAGGUGGACUUAGUAGAACAAGAAAAUGUAAGCAGUUGUUUUGUUAGUGACAGAGAGAACAAUGAUGAAAGUCAGUACAUUGACAAAACCAAGCAGGAUGUUGAUAAGCUUGAUGCAGUAAUUAAUGGCACAGAAAAAGUUGUGGGAAGUAAAUCAAAUAAAUUGGGAGAUCAAGUAUGUAAGAAGAAUAUAGCUCCCAAAAACUGUUUUCCAUUCUUGAAACUUGGAAGUAACAUGGCUGCUGGAAAUGUGAAAAUGGAGAUGGGAAGAUCAGCAUGGAAUAAGUUUGAUGGAUUUUCAUCAAUGGCACGUGUUUUACCAUUGGAAGAAUGCCUACAUCCUGAAAGACCAAAUAAUGUCUGGAAUAGAAGAUGGCCAACUACUGAGAGUUCAAACAUACUAACAAACAACUUCCCACAUUAUAAUAUGUUUCCAAAUUGCAGCAGUUUUUCAGAUGGUAGUUUUGGGACCUUGAAUCAUAAUAGAGAGGAUAGUAGUUUCACAGAAGUAGUUCCAAAACAGUCAUUUUGCAAUUUUGCUUCAGAUAAUAAAUUUGUUGCUGUUCCGCCCAGUACAGUUCUUAAACAGUCUGAUGGAAUUUAUAAUGUAGCAACAGAAGGUAGAAAAACAAAUGAAAUGACAGAUAAUGUUAAGGACAAGGAAGAAGAAGAUUUACUUACUUCUACCCGUACACACUUUCGUCCAAUACGACAGGAGAGCUCAGACUCCCAUAACAAUAACACGGGAUGCUAUGCUGAUGGGACAACUUUUGUAAUCCCUAACAGUUUGGAGUCUGUUCCUUUCAAAAGAAGUGAAAGUGGUGCUCUGUAUUUGGAAACAGAUUUAGGCAUAGAGACUCCAAAAAAGUACAUGGAGUACAAAGAGAAAGAACUUUAUAAUGGAAGGCAUAAGGCUGCAAGAAGCCCUGAUAGUGUAACAUCAGCAGGAAAAGAUUUUGUACCAAAAUUUAGAGUACGUCAGAUUGAAAAAUGUUGCCAGACUGAGGCAUCUGAUGAAAAUGCUACAAGUGAUGAGGAAGUUGAUACUAAAAGAAGCAGGCAAGAGUCAAAAGAAAAUGAAUUUUACUUCCCAGGAGAUGAACAUUUUGCUGAAAAGAUUGUUAACUGUUUGGAAAUUGAUGACGAUCAUGUUGACCAUACAUUGGAGAGCAAACAGCCAUUUUCUAUGCUAUUCACAAGCAACAGUACCAAUGACAGUAAGUUAACACCGCUGUUGAAACAAAGUGAGCAGUAUCAGGCCAUGAGAACAUCAGAGAAUGUGUCUGUAUCAUCAGAGGAAAUGUCAUAUCGGUGGAGUGCUGCUGUAAAGAAUUGUUGUAAAUGCAACCGUAACAGUACUGCUUGGAAAACAGGUUGGCUGAAAGAAUCACAUGGCUUACCUAUGUCUCAGGAUGAAAUUUGGAGCGCAUCAGUAUCCACCAUUCAGUCACAUGCCUGGUAUGAUAUUUGGAGUGGUACUUAUGAUGGUACAGGAGACACUUGUAAGAAGUGUGCUGGUGUAGAUCACACUGCAUCACAGGACAUUAAUCCUGAGCACAUGAAGCUACGUGAAGAGCUUAGUCUGGACGGAGAGCAACUGCUUUCUGAUUUACGCUAUGUGCAACAUUUGUACCAAGGAUCAGACUCGAAUGACUCUGGAGCUGGUUGCGCCGAGAAGAUGCAGUGCCUUUCUCCAUCAUCAGAAACAGAAGCAAGCAAUGACGUCCAAUUGUAUGAUGACUCAGAUUUUGGUGUCAGUCAAGCAGCACCUAUGCACUGUAGCCCCAGUCAAAAUGGGCUUGAUGGGAAGGAAAAUGAGUCAUUUGAAGAUUUUGGUGCAACAAACUCUCGAAGGAUGCUGUCGAAUAAGGUUCUGUUAUCCAUGGAAGUGGGUGCAGAAAAGAAAAUGAACGAACGACCCUUCAGUCUAAAAAUGCCAGCAAAAGACAGAAAAAGGCGACAUUCCGGGUGCCUGCGACAGGUCAGCGACAAUCAGCAUUUUGAAGCCCCGAGCACUGGCUUCCCUGCUGGACGUGAACCUUCUGCUGCCAUGGGAUGCCGUCUUCGGACCAUACCGGACACAACUCGCUUGAAGGGAUCCUGUGUCCCCCGUUCGCUUCGUCCUGUUACCUUGUGAACCUGAUACCAGGGUAAUAGGUGGUACUAGAUCAAUUAAAAUUAUUUUAUGUUUGUGAAUUUCAUUCUGUGUGUGUGUGUGUGUGUGUGUGUGUGUGUGUGUGUGUGUGUGUGUGUCUGUACAACUAUAACGUGUGAAUAUCUGACACACGCUUCACAGUUUAAAUUUCUUUCUUCGAUGUGAGGCCGCUUUAACAUCUGUAUUGGACGGAGUACAGUUAUCACUGUUACCUUUUAGAGCAUAUAGUCCUGUCUGUUUUGAGAAAUAUUGAUGUUUCAUCAUAGCAGCUGGAAUUGUGCAAUGUGCCAAGUGCUGGGAGAAAUAAUUUGUUUGCAGCCCAGUGAAGCAAUUGCAUGGUGUGAUAUCUGUUUAAAAACAUUAGAACAAGUGGUAAUUGGAAAAUAUAAGCACAUGAUUAACUGUUGAUUGGAUAUUUUUCCUUGCCAGUGACAGUACAUUUCCCUUGUUUUUAGUAAAGGGAAGUUAGUAACCAUGAGAAUAUUUCAUUAGGAAUGAGAAUGAUUAGCAUCUUUGUGUAUAUAGUUGCUACACACUAAUUUAUAAGACUGUACAUUGUCUUCAGAAUCUACAGUCAUAUAAAUGGAUUGAAUUACAUAAUUUUUACAAGCUGAUAUCACUGGAACAGCUGCCAUUGGCAUGGAAAAAUACUUGACACUAACAUAUGAUCAAUUAUUUAUGGAAAGCAAUCAUUGUAACCUGUUUAAAUGUACUGAAGAAAAUUGAUUUAUACAUAUUCUGUUUAUUGUGUUAAUGUAAAUCAUUGUUUGUGUAUGGCACUGCUGAUGAAAUAGUUUAGUAGUGGAAAUCAUCAGCAGUACCAAGUACUAGUAGGGUACUGGUAAACCUGUUCCAGUGAAUCCUACAUAUUUAUCUCAUACAUAAAUAUUUUUGUCGACUUGUGCUCACAUUUAUGAGAAGAAAAGAAAUGAGCAUAGUGGCUGGUGCAUAUGAAUCAUUGUUAUUUAUGUAUAUCAUAUAUUUCACUGCACCAUAUUGUAAAUGUUAUCUGUUAUAUUUAUCGCAUAGUGUUGGAUGUUUCCCUUGGGCAAGUGUCAGAAUACACCUACGCUUAGAACAAUCUUAAAUACUUAUUUGUAUAUGUCCACUUAAAAAAAAUCAUUAGUGUGACCAAAAAAUGCAUGUGUUGGAGGGGAAAUGACUUAUUUAAGAUUGCUCUUAAUUUUUCAUUGAACUUACUUGGAGCUCAUGUUGUAACAGAAAAUUCUGUCACAUGCUGUUAGACAUCUUCAUUUUUUCUUUGUUAGAGAUCUUGUUUUAGUUGUUGCUGCAACUUGACUGUUACCAGGAUGUUUUAAGAGUGGUAGAAUUACAACUAAUAGUGUAAUUGUAUUCUGACAGGCGUUUGGGAUUUUGUAUUCUAAUUGUCAGUCAUUUGUUUUCUGUAAUGUUGUGAGGAUAAUGUUAUAGUUUCUGUCCUGAUGUUAUAGAUUUUUUUAACGCAAUUUAAAAAUUUGUGCAACCAAGUGGUACCAUUCUGUUUUAUCCUAUAUUUUGGAUAUUCUGCAUCUUAACUUCCAAGCUUGCUUUAUUGUUCCACCUAAGUGUACCAUCAGAGACUUCCCCCCCCCCCCCCACCCCCCCCCUGCUAGACUUGGUUAAAUCCUUACUUCACUCUACUUUGUGACACAUUACCAGACAUCUGUAGAUCUGUAGAGAAACAUUUGUUUGUUGAAAACUCACUUUUAACAGUCGAUGAAAAUAGUACAGCAGAGAUGUACAGAAAAGUAGUAGUUUCAUGUUCUUUUGCAAUGAAAUAUUUAUCAUAUUUAUUUUUCUGUGUGAAAUCUAAGUUCACUCCUCUUUCUUCAUAAUCUCAUUAUGUAUAAGAUUUUGCACUCCGAUUUGUUUCCUUGUAGUUUGGUGAUCUGUAUUACCAUUCAGGGGCAGUGUUGAGUAGAAGCUUCAGAUUGAUAUCUGACAGUUCAUGAAAUUGCACUGUUGUUUAAUCUUCUGUAUAUAUGUUAAUCCAGUAUAAUGUAAUAAUAAGAUCUAAUGUGAUAUGUGGCUGUAGAUGGCUUCUGUAGUGUGUUAGUAAAUCAUAAACUACAAAUGAUUGCUUAAGGAAAAUCAUCCAAGGUGUACAUUUGCAGCCACAUUUCACAAGUUAAUAAUUUUUACUUUGUGGAAACCAUGGAACAUAAUGUAUGUUGAAAUUUCCCUCUAGGGAUAACUUAUCUCCUGCUUGGUUUCUCUGUCUCUGUAAGCGAGUGAGAGGGAGGGGGGACAUGCAGGCAGUUAGUAUUCACAUACGCGUAUCUUGAGAUUAUUUUGUAACGUAAUUCAGGAUAGUACUAUUGGCAAAUAUUUCUUAACCUCUGCCACAUUCUCAUGUUUUUGUAUGUGUUCCAUGGUUUCAGAGAGAGGUAGAGAUGGGAGGGGACAUGAAAAGUGUCUCCUUUGUUGUUUAGAUUGUUGAGGAAAAGGAGGAAGAAACUAGUAGUGUGUGUGUGUGUGUGUGUGUGUGUGUGUGUGUGUGUGUGUGUGAGAGAGAGAGAGAGAGAGAGAGAGAGAGAGAGAGAGAGAAAUGUAUUUGGUACACAUGAAAUUGUAUAAUGUUAAUAAUAUAAGCCAGGUUAUCGUGGCAUUUAGCAAGCCCACCAAAUACAUUGUGAGACCUGCCUUGUGGCUAGAGGGCUUGCUGCAAUAGUAGAAUGAAUUUUUGUCCCAUCACUGUGAUGCAUUACUAACUUGCAUUUUUUGGUGACAUUGUUGGGAAUUCAAAGUUUUGAUAGGUAUCAGAUUAACCUGCGUACUAAGAAAACUUUGGUUUUUAACAACCAGUAGUUAUUCUUCACCAUUUAGCAAAUGGUCUAUGGAACGUUUUAAAUUUACAAAUUGCCGGGGUUCUGUAGAAGCAGGCCAGUAUUUGAGUGUCACCAGAGCCCACUUUUUUCUUUUCUUUUUUUCAUUGAAAGCAGUUUCAAAUCAGAAGCAAACAAAAAAAUUUCUUUUUGAAGAAUUUUUUUGGGUGUUAGCUUAUAAUGUAAAAUUGUUAUUAUAUUUAAUGAGUCUGAAAAUUUUCCUUUCCUAAAUUUCUUAAAAUGAUAAAAACUGUUUUAGGCUACAAUUGUGAUUGUCUAUCAGUAACAAAUAAACUGCUGUUGAAUUGAAAAUUUUCCUACCUGAAAUUAAAUGGGAAAAAUGUUGAAGAAAAGCAAUAAUCAUUUGUUUUUCAAGUGUAUGGAAGAAAGUAAAUUACCUGUCAGUCAGUUUAAAAGAAAAGUCUGGAUUGCUUAACAGGCUUAUUGAAAUUUUGUCUUAUUUUAAAAUAUAUUUCAUUUCCUGUAUGUUGUUGGAUGUGUUAGUCAGGGGCCUGUGCAUAAUAAAAAUGGCUUCUUGUUACUUGUGGAAGCCUAAUAUUGCAUCUUACAGGUAAUAUUCUCUUUGAAUUCCACUCCAACUGCAGCCAGGAAUGUUAUUUUGCUUCGGAAUUUCUUUUUGGGUUAUGAGAAAAUUAACAUAAUUGUUAAAAAUGUAUCAUUGUGCUACAUUGCAGGAAAAAUAAAUAAAUUCUGUUA